CAGAUUAAUAUUACAUGGGUGUCCAUUGGUGCUCUGUUUUGGGGCUAUUACUCUUGUUUGGAUCAGCUUUGUUUGUUAAUGGUGCAUUAACAAGUGAUUUUGUUAGAAAAGAUGACAAAACAAUUGAUAUGCCUCUUGAUAGUGAUGUAUUCUUUGAACCCCCUGGCUAUAAUGCUCCUCAACAGGUUCAUAUAACUCAAGGAGAUCAUGUGGGGAAGGCAGUGAUUGUGUCUUGGGUGACAAUGGAGGAACCGGGUUCGGAUGAAGUUGUUUAUUGGAGGGAAAACGACGAAACAAAGCACGUAGCUAAUGGCUUUGUUACUAGAUACACAUAUCAUGAUUAUACUUCUGGAUUCAUUCAUCAUUGUAAAGUUACUGACCUGGAGUAUGAUACAAAAUACUACUAUGAGGUUGGGACUGGAGAUGCAUCAAGAACUUUCUGGUUCACAACUCCUCCUGAAGUCGGACCCGAUGUCUCUUAUACUUUUGGCCUUAUUGGAGAUCUUGGUCAAAGCUUUGACUCCAAUGCCACACUAACUCAUUAUGAAAUGAAUCCCACGAAAGGUAAAGCAGUGUUAUUUGUGGGAGAUAUUUCAUAUGCUGAUAUCUAUCCCAACCAUGAUAACACGAGAUGGGAUACAUGGGGUCGAUUUGCUGAGAGAAGUACAGCUUAUCAACCUUGGAUAUGGACAGCAGGGAACCAUGAAAUUGAUUUUGCACCCGAACUUGGAGAGACUGAACCUUUUAAGCCUUAUACUCACAGGUAUCAAGUCCCAUUUGAGGCAUCGGAGAGUACUUCACCUUUUUGGUACUCCAUCAAGAGAGCUUCGGCAUACAUCAUUGUUUUGUCUUCGUAUUCGGCUUAUGGUAAAUACACUCCUCAAUACCUAUGGCUCGAGCAAGAACUGUCCAAAGUCGAUAGAAGUGAAACACCAUGGUUGAUUGUUAUGACACAUUCUCCAUUGUAUAAUAGCUAUGUCUAUCAUUACAUGGAAGGUGAAUCCAUGAGAGUACUAUUUGAGCCUUGGUUUGUGAAGUACAAAGUUGAUGUUGUGUUUUCUGGUCAUGUCCAUGCCUAUGAGCGCUCGGAGCGCAUAUCAAAUAUUGAUUACGAUAUUGUGAAUGGGAAGUGUAGUCCUGUAAAAGAUGAAUCUGCCCCUAUAUACAUAACCAUUGGUGAUGGAGGAAAUCUUGAGGGAUUGGCAACCAGCAUGACCGAGCCACAACCAAUGUAUUCGGCUUUCAGAGAAGCUAGUUACGGGCAUGCCAUAUUUGACAUAAUAAACAGAACCCAUGCAUACCAUAGUUGGCAUAGGAAUCAAGAUGGAUAUGCUGUAACAGCUGAUUCAACGUUGUUUUACAAUCGGUAUUGGUAUCAUCAGGAGCUGCAUGCAUCGUCAUAAUGAUAUGUUCAUUUUAGUGAUGCACCUUCAUCCGCACAAUUAGAAAUAGGAUUUGUUGUUUGUUCGAGUUGGUAAUUGCUUGUUUUAAGUGUUGUUGAUGUUAUGAACUUAGGUUGUU